CUGAAGGCCCUGGCAGACACCAGCUCCUUUAUUCACUGCUCUCUGUAGCCUGGAAAGGCGCCAGGCAUGUUCAUACGUUGCUGUGGGAACGGCCCGGGAACAAGGGUCAGCUGACGGUGGUGGAGCCGUGUUUGGUUUUCAGGGCGGGGGCAGCUGGGCUGUGGGAGCGGCGUUGAUAGGACAGGAUUUAGUGAACAACACGUCUCACCCUACAGUCGACACACACACUGAAACCCAAAGAUCUUUGCUGAAACCUGCCCCACACACACCUGUUACACGAACAAGCAAUACACUACAAUCCCACAAUCCACACUACAAUCACCACACUACAGUCACCACACUACAGUCACCACACUACAGUCCCGCAAUCCACACACUACAAUCCACACUACAGUCACCACACUACAAUCCCGCAAUCCCACGGUCGCGGGUGUGUAUUUCGAGGUGAGGGCGGGUCCAGGCCACGGACAGGAAGCACAGCGGCGGCUACACGGAGACGUUACCGGGAGCGGCAGAAUCGUAGACCGGGAAGGGGAGCGGAGCUGAGGAAUCGCGGCCAGACCUGGAUUCGGAGAAGCGGGAGCAGGAGAUUGUGGAGCCGAGCUGGCCGCCCGAUCAGGGAGGGGAGCGGAGCGGCACCGGUAACCGUCGCCCCGUCCCCGCCAUGACCGACUCGGUUCGGCCCGGUCCCCAGCGGGAGAACAGCUAUUUCCACAAGGGUUGCAACCCGUACGCACAGACUGGCCGCAGCAAGCUGCAGACUCAUCGCGUCUCGCUCAAUCAGCAAAUCAUCAAAGCCAUGCGGCUCCGGGCCGGGGCAGAGAACCUGCUGCGGGUCACGGACAACACGCGUGUGCGGGAGGUAGUGCUGCUGGAGCUCAGCUUCAUCAACUCCAACCUGCAGCU